AUGCCUCCACGAAAAUCAAGGGGCUCAAUGGCUACCCCGAGUUCGACCACAUCACACAAGCGGCAAUUGUCCGAGACAGCAGCUACUGUCACUCCCGGCAGCAGAACUUCGAAAAGGCUGAAAGACUCGGCUGAGAAGGUCAAGUCGACACCAACCAAGAGCAAGUACUUCGAGGACCUAGACAGUGGAGAUGAUGAUGUUCCUGAGUCAGCCGACGAACUCGCGGAUUCCGGGUACGAGGAUGAAGACCAUUCCGCAACAGAGGAGCCGUCCGAAGCAGAGACUGGAAGCGAUGAUGAGUUCGAUUCAGAGGAGGAUGGAAGGAAGCGUAGGCCGAAAGUGAGAGCGAAUAAGUCCAAGCUUGGGGCAACAUCAGCCAUCUCGACUGUUCUUGAAAAAGGCAAGGAGCUCUGGAGAGAAGGCGUUUCCACUGGCUUGGGCCCAGGCAAACAAGUCUUCAUUGAGAAACCGAAACCCAGAGGAGACGGAGGUAUCAAGUACGUGCCCGAACGGAUUCAUCCUCAUACGAUGGCAUUUUUGAAGGAUCUCAAGAACAACAAUGACCGGGAAUGGCUUAAGAUGCACGACCCUGACUAUCGACAAUCUUGGAAGGAUUGGCAAAGCUUUGUAGAAACAUUGACAGAAAAGAUCUCAGAAAUCGACGAGACUAUCCCUGAAUUACCACCAAAAGAUCUAGUCUUCAGAAUCUACCGAGACAUCAGAUUUUCUCCAGACCCUACCCCGUACAAGCCACAUUUUUCAGCAGCUUGGUCUCGGACAGGACGUAAGGGGCCGUACGCGUGUUAUUAUGUGCAGAUUCAGCCUGGAGGGAAAAGCCUUGUCGGUGCUGGGCUGUGGAUGCCAGAGGCUCAGCCGUUGGCUCUACUCAGAGCCGAUAUCGACCGAAAGCCGCACAGGCUGAAGCGUGUCCUGAUGAACCCUCAGCUGCGAAAGCAAAUCCUAAGGGGCGCACCAAACGAUGAGAAGAAGGUCAUCAAGGCUUUCGCCACGCAGAAUUCGGAAAACGCCCUCAAAACCAAACCUAAGGGAUACGAGGCCGAUAAUCCCAGUAUCGAAUUGCUUCGCUUGCGCAAUUUUACACUCGGCACGUCAAUUCCUGACGAAAAGGUUGUCAGCGAGCAAGGAUUGCAGACCAUUCUCGACUUGAUUGGUGUGCUGGUGCCAUUUGUCACAUACCUCAAUAGCGUCGUUAUGCCCGAUGAAGACGACUCCAGCAGCGAUGGCGCAGACGAGUAA